CGUUGAUGUCUCCGCACCUCCGUGAACGUCCUCUGUCGCGGAUUUUACUUACUGCUAUAUUGAUUAAUAUAGACCCGCGGUUUUAAUUACGUGUGUUACGUUUCAUGCAAAUUAUUUUUAAAUUGAUUCGAUGCUUGAGUGACGUUUAGUUCUUUUAACUCGCAUUGAUGUCUUUUAUUGAGUGACUUCCCAGAAAUUGAGAAAGAAUAGUGAAGACUUUUCUGCUGCAAGAUCCGAAGACAUGGCGACCGAGGGUGACAUGCUGAUGACCGCAGAAAAUGUGACGGACUUUUUAUCUGCCGGAGAGCCCGGCCGCUCCAUCAACGUCCCGGGCUUGAUCGCCAUCAUCAUCUUCUACCUCCUGAUCCUGGGCAUCGGGCUAUGGGCAGCGUGGCGCAAGAGGGGCACGGAGGACAGCGCCGAGGAGGUCAUGUUAGCAGGCAGGGACAUCGGCAUCUUCGUGGGCUGCUUGACUAUGACAGCAACUUGGGUCGGCGGAGGCUACAUCAACGGGUCAGCUGAGGCGGUGUUCACGAGUGGCCUCAUCUGGUGCCAGGCGCCCUUCGGCUAUGCCAUCAGUCUUACGCUGGGAGGUUUGUUCUUCGCCCGUAAGAUGCGCGACGCCCGCUACGUGACCAUGUUGGACCCGCUGCAGAACGUCUUCGGGCAGCGCUGGGGAGCCAUGCUGUACCUCCCUGCCCUCGCCGGAGAGACGCUGUGGUCGGCAGCCAUCCUGAGCGCCCUGGGCUCGACCUUGGCUGUGAUCCUCGACCUCUCGAACAACGUGUCGAUCAUCGUGUCGGCCGCCAUCGCCGUGGUGUACACGCUCUUCGGAGGCCUCUACUCCGUCGCGUACACAGACGUCGUCCAGCUCUUCUGCAUCUUCAUUGGGCUGUGGAUAUCCAUUCCGUUCGCCCUGAUGCACGAGGCCGUCGGGUCGCUGAGCCUCAACGAGACCGACUGGCUCGGCUCCAUCGACGCGGACACGCCGUGGGUCUGGGGCGAGUGGACCGACUUCGCCGUCCUCCUCAUCUUCGGGGGAAUCCCGUGGCAGGUGUACUUCCAGCGCGUCCUCUCAGCCCGCACAAGCAAACAAGCCCAAAUGUUGUCAUUCGUGGGUUCCUUUGGCUGUUUCUUCAUGGCAGUUCCAGCUUGUAUUAUCGGAGCCAUCGCCAAGGCCACAGAUUGGAAUCAGACUGAUUACACCAAGGACAUCACACAGAAAGAUCAGGCCAAGCUGGUUCUUCCUCUCGUAAUGCAGUACCUCACUCCGCAGUGGGUGGCUUUCUUCGGACUUGGAGCCGUGAGCGCUGCCGUCAUGUCCUCAGCUGAUUCGUCUGUGUUAUCGGCGUCUUCGAUGUUUUCCAAUAACAUCUACAAGAAUGUUUUCAGACAAAAUGCGAGCGACCGAGAGCUGGUGUGGGUCAUGCGGUUCACGGUCCUGGUGGUCGCCUGCAUCUCGACGGUGAUCGCCAUCAAAGGAAAUUCUAUCUAUGAGCUUUUCUACUUGUGUGGUGAUUUCGUCUACGUCAUGCUGUUCCCGCAACUCACCCUGGCAGUGCACGCGCCCAACUACGUCAACACGUACGGAUCCAUCUGUGGAUAUGUCCUCGGUUUCAUCCUCAGAAUCCUGGGUGGUGAAAAGGUGCUCGGGAUCCCAGCUGUGAUAAAGUACCCAUUUUACAUUGACGGUGUUCAGUAUUUCCCCUUCAGAACCCUGGCCAUGGCGGUGACGAUGGUGACCCUCCUGCUGGUGUCUUGGCUCGUGCGCUCCCUCCACAACGCCGGCAAGUUCCCCGACUUCCUGAACGCGCUGUCGCAGGACACGGUGGCCGUCCUGAAGCGGGGCGACGAGGCGGGUCCCGGCGGGAUCGACAACCCGGCGCUCGACGCCUCGACGCCGAGCGAGAAGAAGGCGCCGCCGCCGUCGUACCGCGACUCCGUCGAAAUGACGCAGUUCUAGGCAGCGACUUGAGGAGCCGCGUGAACCUGUGGGAGGCGCUGCAGGAGGCGCUGCAGGAGGCGCUGUCCUUGGUCGGCAGGGACGCGGCUCCUCGCGGCCUCCGCUUUAAAAGACCUUCAUUUAGUUCGGCAUUUUUAUUGAGAAAGAUAGGAAAGGGAAUGGAAGAAUAUACGUUAGGUAGGCUUUCUACUUAGUGUGUUUGGUGUAUUGUGUGAGUGUAUGCUUGUUAGAAAUGUGUAUAUAGCGUGACAGGACGAAGCAGCUGUUGUUCGGCGAAAGAAAAAAUAUUACGGAUGUGAGCAAUGUACAAUGCAUUCAAAACAUGUACGGUAUAUUUUGUUGUGUGCGAUCUUCAGCAUUUUAUAACUUAAUACUUUUAAGUAUAUAUUUUAUCAAAUAUAUAUUUUACUGUUUUUUUUCUUCUAAAUUUAACAUAGUUUUAUAUGGAAUUAUAUGAUAUUGCUUUUAUUCAACAAUGUCUCUGGCGACAAAAAAGAACGAAUCCGGAAUAUUGUUACGUCUUGUUUUAAGUGAUGUAAGAGUCACGUGGAUGAUUAUGUGAAUAUAUGUAUAUUAUCAAGAAGUAAAUGAAUAUUACUCAUCAGUGUAAUAGACGGUUGUGACUGAUACUUUUUAAAUAGUUUCUUACAAAUGAACAUAUAAUAAAAUUACUUUUAUAAUCUUUC